GAGAGAAUAGAGGUUGGACAGGACCAGGUGCUGCUGAGACAAUUAGAAAGCUAUUUAUACAAGACUUGACUAAUAUACUAUGUGCAGAAAUAUCUCAAAAUCGAGAAUUUAAUCUUCCUAUAGUUAAUGAAUAUGACAAUAGUCUACUAAAGAUAUUAGUAGCAAAUGUUAAAUAUAUAUUAGAGAAUACUGUAAAGUAUAAAAAUCUUUUAUUGGCAUUACAUGAACAAUCAUACUGGAAGCCAAUUUUAGUUGAUUGCUUUUGCUCUUCAAUACAAAAGUAUCAAUAUUUAGUUAAUUUAAGCACUGAGUUUAUAUUUAAGAUUGGAACAUAUACUUAUCAUAAUGGCAAUGUUUGCAAUGUAACUUAUACCUGGUAUAUAGAUGAAGAUGCAACGAAAGAAGAACCAAAGGCUAAGUUACAAUACAUCUAUAAAGAAUUGACAAAUGACGCAUCAGCAGCAAAAUCAAUAAAUCAGAGUGAAAUAGAUGAAUGUGUUAAACUAGCCUUUGAGAGCAUUGUGCAGAAAACCAUGAUUGCUGUCAAUGAAAGAAGGCACAAUCCAAUUGUGCACCUUGCACAA